AUGGGGAGAGGAAAUUUUCAAAGACGGAAGGGGAAGAGCCACAACAAAAUCAUGCCAGGAGCUUCUUUGAAAGGCCAUUUAAUGGCGAAGGGGUUCAACGCUGCAGCAGCGAGACAAACCCUGAAAGUGCAAAAGAAACACUACAGACUCGUGAAUGAGCGUACUGACGUCAAAUCUCAAAACUGGGCGAAUUCUGUUCAUCCUCAGAAGGAGAUGUGUUUACUCCUAGAUCUAUUGCCCGAAGUGCGUCUGAUAAUCUGGGAGUUUUGUAUCCUUAAUCUUCCUUGCGGCCGCAAACCUAUCACAGUAGCGAUUUCUCAACCGCAAUUUAAUCGAGAUCGGCAUGUGCUUCAGGGCCCAAUCCCUUUACGUGGUAGCAAGAGAUUCUACCUACAAAAACAAGCCUGCUCUCGCCAAAAGUACUUCGACCAAGUACACCCUACCUUUAGAGCCCAAAUUUUCAAUCUCUUUAUGAUUUGUCGGCAGGCAUAUCUUGAAAUUGGGGGCGGUGCCCUUUUAUACAAAACGAAGACUUUUAGAUUCCUUGAUCCGAUGGUUCUGUUUAGAUUUUGUUUUAAAAUCCAACGCCACUUUUUCUUUAUACAAAGUAUGACUAUUGAAUAUGAUAUCUCUUCUGACCGGGCCUUUUUUUUUUGUCAUGUCUACGUUUUCGAUGAUUUUCCAUCGAUAAGGAUUCUAAGUCGCGAGAUUUUCAAUAGUACAGCGCCUCACUUUAAAAUCCAUGGAACCCUUUUCCCAAGUUAUCACGGACAAGUAGUACUCCAUAAACUCUGCAGCGGUCCGACACUAUGGAAGUGGAAUCUAAAACCCGAGAAAGUUGACAACAUCAAAGACUUCGACAUUGAUGUCAGCUACGAUGAUGCCUGGCCUAGCUACUUUAGAUUUGGCGGAGACAAAAAUGGUUGGCACCUUGUCAGGAAUCUACAUGCUAUGCAAAAUAUCGACAUGAGUGAACUUGUGCAGCGUCUCAUGGAAAGGUAUCCGUACUACAAAAAAUGUGGUGUUAGAGAGCAAACCUCGACCCGCAUAGAGGACACAUGGGUUGAUGUCUGCGAACCUAUCCUUGUGCCAGAAACUGCACUGAAACUGUUACAGAAGAAGAACGAGAAAGAGGAGAGGGAGAGGUUGGAGGAGAUAUCGGAGGAGCAAAAUUAA